GUGCCGUACCUGAUCAUGCUCUCGGUCGGCGGCAUUCCACUCUUCUUCAUGGAGCUGGCCCUGGGUCAGUACCACCGCAAGGGAGCCAUCACCUGCUGGGGGCGCCUCGUGCCGCUCUUCAAAGGUGUGGGCUACACGGUGGUGAUGAUCGCCUUCUACGUGGACUUCUACUACAACGUGAUCAUCGCCUGGGCCCUGUACUACCUGGUGGCCUCGUUCUCGUCCGAGCUGCCCUGGACGCACUGCAACAACUCCUGGAACACGGAGCACUGUCUGGAGCUGGCCUUUGGGCAGCGCCUGCUCCGCCUGCCGGCCAACGACACGGCGGGCCUGCAGGACCUGGCGUCCGCCGCCGCCGUCGUCGUCGAGGGCGCCCUGGAGGACGCCACCAACGCCACCAUCGUCUCCGUCCUGGGAGACUACGACGACGCCAAGGCGCUCGCCGUCGGGGUCCAAAAGAACUACACUACGCCCGCCGAGGAGUACUUCACGCGCCAUCUACUGGAGCUGCAGCACAGCUCGGGCAUCGACGACCUGGGUUACGUCAAGUGGGACAUGGCCCUGUGUCUCUUCGCCGUCUACAUCAUCUGCUACUUCAGCCUGUGGAAGGGCAUCUCCACCUCGGGAAAGGUGGUCUGGUUCACAGCGCUGUUCCCGUACUGCGUGCUCUUCAUCCUGCUGGUGCGCGGCACCACGCUUCCUGGAGCCGCCCAGGGGAUCGCGUACUACCUCACGCCGGAUUUCUCGGUGCUCUACAACCCGAGGGUGUGGGUGGACGCAGCGACGCAGGUCUUUUUCUCCCUCGGUCCCGGUUUCGGGGUCUUGCUCGCGUUCUCUAGCUACAACGAAUUUCACAACAACGUCUACAGGGACGCUUUGCUGACGAGUGCGGUGAACAGCGCCACAAGUUUCCUGGCGGGCUUCGUCAUCUUCAGCGUGCUGGGCUACAUGGCGCACCGGGCCGACAUCCCCAUCGAGAAGGUGGCCACUGAGGGGCCCGGCCUGGUGUUCAUCGUGUACCCGGAGGCCAUCGCCGCCAUGCCUGGAUCCACUUUCUGGGCUAUCAUCUUUUUCCUCAUGCUGCUCACACUCGGACUGGACAGCUCGUUCGGGGGCUCCGAGGCCAUCAUCACGGGCUUCAGUGACGAAUACCCCUUCGUCAAGAGGAACAGGGAGCUCUUCGUCGCCGGCCUCUUCACGCUCUACUUCAUCAUCGGGCUCGCCAGCUGCACCCAGGGAGGCGUGUACGUGGUGAACAUGCUCGACCGGUAUGCUGCCAGCUACUCCAUCCUGAUCGCCGUGUUCUUUGAGGCUGUGGCUGUCUCCUGGAUUUAUGGGAUUCGCCGGUUCUCCGAGGACAUCCAGGAGAUGCUGGGCUUUCCCGUGGGCUGCUGGUGGAAGUUCUGCUGGGCCGUCGUGGCGCCUUUCUUUAUCCUGAUCAUCAUCGCCAGCGGCCUGGUGAACUACGAGCGACUGUCGUACAACGAGUACGUGUACCCGUGGGGCGCCGACGCGGUGGGCAUCUGCGUGGCCGCCUCCUCCGUGCUCUGCAUCCCGGCCUUUGCCCUCUGGAACCUCGUCAGGACCCCCGGCACCCUGGGGCAGCGGCUCCGGCGCCUUACGACGCCGUGGCGAGACCUGGAGUGUGACUACAAGAAAGACCCUGACGUCCCCAUCGCGUCGUCUCCCGCUCCGGCCCAGGUGUAACGCCUUCAGGGACGUAGUCGUCCUUACUUGCUGCCUGCGUGGACAGCCUCCCACGGCGUGGUCCACCAUACUCAUGACGUCACGCUUUCUUGUCGUG